UAAAGCGAGAUAACGGGCCGAAGACAGCGGGCUAAAACUUUUUAUUCUGACAUGUUGAAGCAAUGACUUUCGUGUAAGUAUAAGCCUGGGACAGGGAUCCCGGCGAAUGAAUUGGGUCUGUGCUGGAAGAAGAGAGAGAAGUGCUCAUAUCGGGGUGUGGAAAACCGGACGGCGCAUUCACAGUAGAUCCAGAACAAGUUUGCCUUUCCCAAAAGUAACAGUGGAAGAGUAAAAGUUACAAACUUACAACAUGAGCUUGUUGUCUGCAAUAGACACCAGUACCUCAGUGUACCAGCCUGCACAGCUUCUCAACUGGGUUUACCUUUCUUUACAAGACACACAGACGAGUGCCUUCGAUGCCUUCCGACCAGAGCCCAACUCUUCCCAUCCGGACCUGAACUACAGCAAAACCCCUGCCAAUGAUCUGAGCUCCUCUCUCAACUCCAACUAUCUCAACAAUCUCUUUCAGCUGCAGAGGAAUGAGGCCCUGAACAAUGGUUUAUACAAAAACGUGUCCCCGUACGGCUCUCUCAACAACAUAGUGGACGGGUUGAACUCUUUAACGGACCACUUCUCCGACCUCUCCCUCUCCUGUGAGCCGCGCAAGCCCAGCAAGAGACCUCCACCAAACUACCUGUGCCAUCUCUGCUUCAAUAAGGGACACUAUAUCAAAGACUGCCCUCAGGCCAGACCCAAAGGCGAAGGAUUGACUCCAUAUCAAGGCAAGAAGAGAUGCUUUGGUGAAUACAAGUGCCCCAAAUGCAAGAGGAAGUGGAUGAGUGGAAACUCCUGGGCCAACAUGGGACAGGAAUGCAUCAAGUGCCAUAUCAAUGUUUAUCCUCAUAAACAGCGUCCUUUAGAGAAACCCGAUGGGCUGGACGUUUCCGACCAGAGCAAGGAGCACCCGCAACAUCUGUGCGAGAAAUGCAAAGUCCUGGGCUACUACUGCCGUCGUGUGCAAUAAGGAGGUCCCCGUCGUCGUAUUACUUCCUCUGCCCCCUCCACCCCCUUUGCUUUGCCUACUAAGCGCUCCGAGAAAAGUGAAAAGUGCCAAAAUGUAAAUAUUUCUAACGAUAGUAACGCCUUUGUGUAUCAGCAUGCGUCACAUUUAUUGGUCAUAUGUGUAUAGUGGACAAUUGAAUAUGUUUGGAACAGAUGUCACUGACAGUAUUCGUAUCCGUCCAGGGCACGGUGGAUUACCUCACCGCUGCGUCCUCUGAUCGUGUGUUUACAGACUUUCCCUUCAUUCUCCUUGCUUAGUGAACGACGUGUCGAGCGAUGUUAUGGCGUUAGUUCACUCAGCCAAGGGCCCAUGUGCCUUUUACAGAGUUUUGGGUCAACAGCACAUCAUGUUAACUGUGAAUUAACAGAGGGAUAAUGGACUUUCCAUCCCUAGCUUUUGUGUCACAUAUUUAUUUGUUAUGUUUGUAUAUUGUAUCUAUAUUGUAGUGCAAUUGAAUUGACUAAACUGGGAUAACUACAUCUGUGUUUAUAUAUCUAGAACCCCACCUCUUGCCAUUAGAAACUACUGUAGAAUAGAAUUGUCUCAUGCUUCGGUCUAGAUGCGUUGUUUGUUUAUUUCACGUACUUGUAUGAAUUGCCAAACGUUAGAUCAUUUCGUGAAGUCGCUACAUGUAGCGCUGAAGAAAACACCCAAAUGUCAAGUUCAAUCAAGUUGUUGGCAACUAUGCAAAACCAUAACAUCUUAGGCAGAUUCGUCUGUUUUCAUCGACGCUGUCAUAUUGUCUCUACGUUUUAUGAAGUGUGUUGAUGAUCAAAACCAAGCCAUGGCUAGACGAUUCGCAGAACUGAGCACAACAUCACCGUCCUUUGAAAUGUGAUCAUGCACGUUGUAAAUUGUUGCCAGAGAACUGCUUUGACUGUCUUAGGAACCCAGAUAAAGCUCGUUCUUUUUUUUUGUAGUACAGGGUCAAACAUUGAGCUUUUUGGUCCAGAUGCUACCAGUUCGAAAGCGUUCCUUAACAUGACACCUGUUCCAGAGUUUAUUUGCCUCAGGAUGAAGAGUGUGUUUGAAUUACACAUGAUGAACCAUUCUUAUAUAUAACACUGCUGUGAGGCACAGCCUCGGUAUCUUUUCAUGGUGUGCAAACAUUCAUUUAUAACAUUCAGAUUUAAUAGUUCCCUUGCACUGAAAAGUGUUGAAAUAAUGCAUUUUUACACAAUCGUUGUGAUGAUGAAAUGAAAUCUAGGUUAAAGGAACAGUUCACCAAAAAAUAAAAAUUCUGUCUUCAUUUACUCACCUUCGAGUAUCUGUAUAAAUGUCUUUGUUCUGAUGAACACAGAGAAAGAUAUUUGGAAGAAUGCUUGUAACCAAACAGUUCUUGGCCACCAUUGACUACCACAGUAGGAAGAAUUGCUUUAUACAUUUCUUUGUUCUGUUGAACACAAAAGAAGAUAUUUUGAAGAAUGUAGGAAAGCAAACCAUUCUGAGGCACUUUUGACUACCAUUGUCACUUUUCCUACUAUGGUGGCUACGAACUGUUUGGUCACACGCAUUCUUCCAAAUAUCUUUCUCUGUGGUCAACCAAACAAAGAAAUAUAUACAGAUUUGGAACAACUUGAGGGUGAGUAAAUGAUGACAAAAUUUGUAUUUUUGUGUGAACUGUACUGUAUAUGUGCAUUAUGUACGUUUUAUACGCAUUGCCAAACCCAACAUGAGUGUAGAUUUAUACAAGCUUAGUUGCAUAACAAUUGAUUAAUUCACCCUGUUAAAACUGUGAUUUUGGGGAAGGAUUUUCUAUCUGGGUGGGCAAUAUGUGAUUAUAAAGGGAAAGGAUGGUAAAGUAAGUCAUUUCGAAGAGUCUUUGGAGAUGUAUAAUGACACUUUGGGUACAUUCGAUUGGACGUUUUAGCGAGACAUAAGUCUCAACGAGAGCAUGAGGAUGGGAUUUCUACAUGAUGAAACAGCUUGUUGAAACAGUUGUUUACCUCGUUUUACAGCUUACAUGAAGUACUAAUUGGUCAUAUUUGACUUUAUGUCCCAGGAUCAUCUUAUAUUAAAUGUACAGUAGCUUUACAUGUUUGGAUAGUGGAGAGAUUUUGUGAGAAUUUUCUAAUUGAUUCUUGAUGUACAUAUGAAGUCAAACCCAUUUAAUGCUAAAUACAAUGUGUAUAAUUGUUUACUUAACUUUGGAGUCCACAUAUUAUGUUUUGUCUGAAUAUUAGUUUCAUUCAUAGGGAUGAACUCUGCUUGAUAUUAAUCUUGUGUGAAGGGAAUGUCUCUAGUGCCUUAGUUGAGUCACUCGGCUCGGUUAUGACAAGUCUGGAUUUUCAGUAACAGAUGUCAUGUGUGAUACUGUGGAAGAGAACUAUUCGAUGCCGCCUUCUCGUUACUUCAGCAUAGAAUUUGUAGAUUUUCUGAUGUUAAAUUGAAUCAAACAAUCAUCCAGGGAGUCGAUUUUUAGAUCACUUUAGAUUUUCAAAAACAAGAACUUGUUAGUUCCUUGAACGUCAUUAUCGUUUGUGAGAGCCUGUAUUUCUCAUGGCUCCACUGUGUGUGUACGUUCCUCCGCGCCAACGUUUACGUCAAGCCUCAUUUCAGCUGGAAUGAGUUCCUCUGCUUUUUGAUAAACACCGUAAUGAAUGGCGUAAUGAAAAUAAGCAGCGAAAUGAACGAUUACUGCGGAUUCAUCGUAAUCAUUGUGGAUACUCUACACUUAAAGGUUUCCUUGCAUCAUUGGGAUCAAUGUCAUUCAUCAUCAGUUCUGUAAUUCUGAAUAGAUGAUCUAAGCACCACUAGAGCAAGGCUUCAUUAUAAAACUCGCUUUGUUAGGUCACAUUAAAAUAGUUGCGUUGCACUUUGUACAAGACUCAGAUUUUCCUCAUUUGCUAAAAUGAAACGGGCCUAAGUUUUGUAAAUGUUGAAUGCAGAUUGACACAAAUGGAAUUGAUUAUUUGUUUGCGAGCUUUCCGUGAUGUUUUAGUGUUCUAACGUUCCUCUCUGCUUUACUGAAGAAGACAGAGCUUGUGGUAUUGAGAAAGAGCGUACUUGCAUUUAAAACUAUACAAAGUGCUUUUUGCGCAUGUGGUUUUUGUCUUGAAAUACAUAUACUUGACUUUUAUAGCUCACUUUCAGUAUAAACGUGUUAUUUUCUAUUCUAUUAAAGGUAUGUGUAUUUUGGAAACAAUAUAGAGAUUUUGGAGCAAUUUGACAAGAUUUUCGUUCCCUUAUAAAGAAACAAGUAUGUGUUUUGUGUAUAUAUUCGAUAGCCAUCAUUAUCAAGUUAGCUAUUUCAAAAUGUUACGAUGCAAUAUUUGUGUGUGAAAAAGGGCAACUUGCUGGGAGUUUUUGUUUCCUUUGAUGUUUUGCAGUAAUCUUAUAUCCUACAGAAAUAUUUAUGGAAGGAUUUUGUUCUUUUUUUGUUUUACAAUUAAAUUCUUUUGUAUAAAAUAUGCAACAAAAGCUACUCUAUGAAGAAAAUAUUGAUGAUUACAUAGAAUAUUAUUCAAAGGUUGGUACAUAUUAUGCCCUUACAAGCCAUUUUAUUUGUGUUUGGUUAUUCUAGAUGUUAUUGGUAUAUAUAUUAACCUUGUUUAGAAUAUUGGUGUGUUUGCAAUACAGCAUGGAUGUUAUGAGUUGCAGUUAUGUGAUAGUUACAACACUUUGUUUUAAUGUUACAAACAGCUCUUUUAACAUAACAGAGACCGACUGACACACUGUAAGUCGUAUAUGCAAAACGUGACAAAAGAUGUGACUAACUCCAGAGAAGACUUUUACAUUAACCAUUGUUGCAAUAAAUUAGGUCCUUACUGUAUGAAACUGUGAGCUCCAGUUAGGCAUGUCUCCAGUUACUGCCAAGCCCAGGAAUGAUGUUGAAAUAUUUCCUUCAUGUGUCAAAACGAAAAAAAAAGAUAUAUUUUCAAAGUAUCUGGGACUGAUGUUUGCAUGUGCAUGUUUUUUUAAUGAUUCAAGAACUAGAAUUUGUGCAAUGUAUUCUUAUUUAAAAUACAUGUUUAGUUCCUGGCAAGAUAUAGUUUUUGUAGAAUACACCUAGUUGUUAGUCAUUAAUAAAUGCCUUUAUUCACUGCUAGUAUUACAGAAUGUACUGAUUUAACCCUCAUGUUGAUAAACUCAUAUUUGUAAAGUCUGUAAAAUAUUUGUCGUCAUAUUGAUCAUAUUGGAUUGGACGGAGUGACGAGAUUUGAAGGAAAGUAUCACAUUGUGAGGUGAGAUCAAAUCUGUUGCUUAUCGUCCAUGAAACGGCAUUCCGAUAUGUGCCUUAUUUGUUAGUUAGGAAAACUGAAGACUGUGCUUUUAGAUGUUUGUUCAAUUAAAAAUGACUA